CACGACUUUAUCGCGGCGCAUCGCGACAAACAACCUCGCUACCAACAGCACAUCAUCAGCAACGACAUUCCCCGCAACCAUGAGUGCCGACAUCCAGCAGGUCAAGAACCGCAUAGGUGUGGUCAAGAACCAAGUUAAGGACCAGGAGGGUCAGCUCGCUGAGUGGGAAGAGCAGCUCGUAAACCUCAAGAAUAUCGUCAAGUGUGGUGGAUACAAACCGCCAGACGAUAUUGAUCUCCAGGGAGAGAUCCAGAACAGCAUCGACGAAAUCAAAGUCAUCCUUGAGCCAUUAUAUGCUGAGUUGAAAGACUUGCAUGCCAAACUUCCCGCGCCACCUGGCGCCAGCGCCCCCAAGUUCGAUGUCGAAAAGCACCCUGUGUUGAAGAAGAUGGUCGAGAAAACCGAUGCCGAACCAGAUACCCCCGUCAACUUCAACACCGGCGAUGUUGUGGAGGCGCAGUGGCGGGAUAAGCAAUGGUACAAAGCCAAGAUCCAGCAGAUUCUAGGCUCCAGAUCUGCUCCCAAGUACCUCGUCAAGUUCAUUGAGUAUGACGACUCUAUGACCGUGGACCGCGAAAACGUCCGCGCAAUCCCCAUCAAGCGAAAGCGAGAGCCCGAGCCUCCCGCCCAGCCCGCCGCUCCAGUCACGUCUACUCCGCAAGUCAUCUCUGGUCCUGUCAGUCUCAAUCCCGAGGUAAAGAAGGCCAAGGUAGAGCUUCCAGUCGCCGACGACGCUCCCAUGCCUAGGCGCCACAACAUCCCCAACCGCAAGACUCUGGAUAAGACGGUCAACAGCUGGAAGACUUGGAAUUCCAAGGGCGUCGGCAAGAAGAUUGCGCAGAAGGACUCCAUGUUCCGAUCGUCCACCAAUGUUGGCAGUCGUGUGGGAUUCACGGGCUCAGGCAAUGGCAUGACCGAAUCUCAGAAGCGAGUUCGCUACAACGCCAAGGCUGACAUGGACGCCGAUGAAGCCGCUGAAAAGGCUCUCAAGGCUGCCAAGAAGGCUGCUUCCCAGCCGCCUCCCCAAUCUUCGUACACCAAGCGAGAACGCUUCUGAGGCUUCGCAUCUCGGUAUGUAUGGCAAAUGAGAGAAGGUUCUUGCGCUAAUCGACACAGACAACCGGCCGAUUUGGUCUGUUUC